GUGUGUGUGUGUGUUGUGUGUGUUACAGAGAUGAGGUCUCACUAUAUUGUCCAGGCUGGUCUGGAACUCCUGGGCUCAAAGCAAUCCUGCCUCCUCAGCCUCCCAAAGUGCUGAGAUUGUAGGCAUGAGCCAGUGCACCUGACAUUCAUUCAGCAAAUAUUUUUUAGUGUCUCCUAUGCUAGACAAUGGAAGGGAUAAAGAUUGUGUAUGCAUGCAUGCGUGUGUGUGCGUACGUGCCCAUAAAUAGUCUUCAGUGUUCCGUCUAGUAAAGUAGAUAAGACAGUACAGUGAUAAAUGCCUUGUGAGUCAUAAGCUGAGUGCUAUAGAAGCUCAGAGGAGGGAAAGGUCACUUCCUGCUGGGUGAGCUAUUAUGAAUAUGUGGCGAGGUGGUACGUUAGAGAAUGGAAGACUGAGAGUUUGUCAAGCUAAGUAAUUAAGGCAAUGUUGAAGAGGUAGUGAGUUAGCAUCCAGCGCUAGAGCAAGGAGUUUCAGCUUUAGUUAAGAAGCAAUGGGGAGCCACUGACUUUUUUUUUCUUUUUGAUCAAAAAGUUUUAUCUAGGAAAAUGUAUCUGGCAGUAAUGUGUAAUUUCAAUUUUUUUUUAAAUAGUUCUUGGAUAGUCUUAGGCUCCUUCUGUACAAAACAAAGCCAUAUUUAUAAAUAAAUGAAUUAUGAAAUGGAUUCAUUUCCAAUCUUUUUAAAAGGUAGUCAGAAACUAUUUUGAGAGGCAAUUAGAUAUAGUAAGAUAGGCUGCAAUCUUACUUAAGAUCUAAGCAGUGUACAAAGUGGGAUAAAAAUGCUACUUUUCAUGAUUUCUCAAACCAUUUUUAGGGAUUUUUUUGUGUCAGCCAUCCUGCUAUCUCAUUUGUCCAAUUAAAGCAAGGCAGAAAUCCUCCAUUCUCCUUUUUCCCCAUUCUCGGAUAGAAUGAAUGUCUAUACUGAAAAGAACUCAUCAGUAGUCCUCUCAGAUUUGUUGAAAAUUUUGCCAAAUAUUUGUAUAACUCUGCAGAAAACUUUGUUUCUCAGCCUUCUCCUUUAUGGGGAAAACAAAUAGUGGGCAUGAUGGCUUACCCUUACCUUUCUGCAUUGUGGUGACAGCUGGCUGAUAAAAGAUAAAGUGUUAUGUGUAAUUACCCUGAAAUGUUCAUAAUUAAUGGAGAAAUGAAAUGUAGACACUUUGUUAGUAGAAACCACUGUGGUUUGGAAGCAGUGUUUCAGUAAUAAAGACUGGAUAAAUAAGAUUGGCUAGUGUUUUUCAUUCCUCAGGGAAUUUACGACGUAAGAUGAUCCCCACCUCUCACUAUUAAGGAAGUAGCAUUUCCUACAAAUUUAUCUCAUGAUUAAUUGUGUUUUUUUUACAACAACACAACAGGAAAAGGUAUGUUUUCCAACAGGUUGGAAAUGUGAAUCCUGGCUUCGUUACUAACUUGCCAUGUCACUAGAUAAAUCAAGUGAUCCUUUUUGUCCCUCAUUUUCUGACUAGACUGCCUGAAGCUUCCAUAGCCGAAAGAAACUACCUGCCACGUCAGCAGCAUGCAACUGUGGGUGACUCAGGGACAUAUAACCUAAAGCUACUGGGUAACAGUAUGACUAAAUAUACUGAGAAGCUAGAAGAGAUUAAGAAAAAUUAUAGGUACAAAAAAGAUGAGCUUUUCAAGAGACUAAAAGUUACAACUUUUGCCCAGCUGGUCAUCCAAGUUGCUUCCCUCUCUGAUCAAACACUGGAAGUGACAGCUGAGGAGAUUCAAAGGCUGGAAGACAAUGAUUCUACAGCUUCAGACCCUGAUGCUGAAACCACUGCCAGGACCAAUGGGAAAGGAAGUCCAGGUGAGCAGCCACCAAGCCCUGAGCAGUUCAUGAACAACGCGGGAGCUGGGGACUCCAGCCGCUCAACUCUUCAGAGUGUCAUCAGUGGCGUUGGGGAACUGGAUCUAGACAAAGGGCCGGUGAAGAAAGCUGAGCCCAAUACCAAAGACAAACCUUAUCCUGACUGCCCCUUCCUGCUGCUAGAUGUGCGUGACAGAGAUUCUUACCAGCAGUGCCACAUUGUUGGAGCUUACAGUUACCCAAUUGCAACUCUGUCUAGAACAAUGAACCCUUAUUCAAAUGAUAUUCUUGAAUAUAAAAAUGCCCAUGGCAAGAUCAUCAUUCUGUAUGACGACGAUGAAAGGCUGGCCAGUCAGGCGGCCACCACCAUGUGCGAGCGCGGAUUUGAAAACCUCUUCAUGCUUUCUGGAGGUCUAAAAGUCUUAGCUCAGAAAUUCCCAGAAGGACUGAUUACCGGUUCCCUGCCAGCAUCUUGCCAGCAGGCCCUUCCUCCUGGUUCUGCCCGGAAACGAUCCAGCCCCAAAGUGCCACCCCUACCAGCUGAGAACAAAUGGAGAUUUACCCCAGAAGACUUAAAAAAGAUAGAAUAUUAUCUGGAAGAGGAGCAAGGGCCUACCGAUCAUCCUAGUCGACUGAACCAAGCUAACUCCUCCAGAAGAGACUCCAAGGUGCCUGGUGCCCGAAGCGCUCAGAAUCUGCCCGGUGGGGGCCCCACCAGCCAUUCAAACCCCCGCUCCCUCAGCAGUGGCCACCUGCAAGGCAAGCCCUGGAAGUAAAGACUUUGUCUCACUUAGGCAAAUAAAUGUUUUCCCUCUUUUCAGAACCCCUGAGCAUUUCCCAGGUUGGGUCAUUUCCAGAAACUUCUGCACAGGAAAGACCAUGAUAGAUGUAUGGGAUAGUCCCACUUCCCUCCCCCUGUUUCUGAUUCCUCUCCCCUCGGCCACUUCAGGAAGGAUUUUAACAGGUGGCCACAAAAACCAGAGUUGUGACAGGCUCUAGUGUCCUCCCUGUUGUUUACAGCAUAUUUACGUCUCGUGAAACUGUAUGGGAAAAAAGGAUCUACGUUUUUAGUUGUUUUUUAAAUAAGGUCCAGCUUGCUGGAUCUCUCUUCGUUGUUUUGUAAAUACUUCAGUCACAUCUGUCCAUGUGCUCUUCUUGACCGCCUUUUCAUUUACUGUUCUUGACUUCAUGAAGGCUUCUCCAGGCAGUGUGGGUGCGAGAAGCUGUUCCCAGCGGUGCAGACGAGCCUUAGGUUUCAGCCGCCUGGAGGCCCCACACCGGCAGCUCACUCAGCAAGGAGCUCUCUGCCCAGCAUAUUGCAGGCCCUGUUUUGAGUUUGGAAACCAACGCCUGUGUGCGUGACUCAAAUUUAAAAUGAGGAGAGUAGCUGUACGCUCACAGAAUGCUCCCCUCAUCGGGUAUUUUCCUGGAGCCAGAAAGGUGUGCACUUCCUGUUUUCAUAUCGGGAAGGAGCGCCUCUCACAAGAAAGCCCUGGCCACCGCACUGGCCUGUGCUGAGAGCCCCCUGAAGCCCACAAAAGUGGCCCUUACUUGUGGUCUGUAUAGCAGUUAUAAUGCCCAUGGCCCAGCUUCAAUCUAUCCACAUUAGAUGGAUAGAAAUUAUGGCCACUUGAAAAUACAGAUUCGGCUGGACAACUGUGGACACACAAGGUGAAAAGGACUCCAAAGUCCUUUGUCAGGGCUGACAACCUCGUAAGCCCUUGCUUAGAAAUACAGUAUUAGUCUAAUUGAGUAAUUAGUGCAAUUUCCUGCUUACUUUUCAUUCUUGUGACUGAGCUGUGAUUAGGAAGUUGUGAUUAUAGAUUCUGGUUUUGGCCGGAAUUUUGAAUCAGCAUUAAUUGAAUUGCUAAAUGACUGUCAUUCAUUCCAUUUAAUUGGGGGAACAAAAGGCCUCAGGUAAGGAUGGGGAACUCUGAAAUCAUAUGGAAAGGAAAAGAGCCGUGUUAAUUUUUAUGGUCUGUGAUCGUAGCUGUGAUAACGGACUGAGGAAUAAAUUGUGCUCUUUGUCAUGGCAACCAGCUUCUGAAAAGCCAACUGAAAAUUGCCUGUCCUGCUGGUAACUGCUGCGGGGUAAGAUUUGCCUUAACAGUACUAUUUUCUCGCCACCAAAAAAAAAAGCACCACAGUAUUUCUAGCGUGGGGGCUGUGUUUGUAUGAGAAAUAAACGUAAUAAGUAUCUCAUAGAGACAUAUGGAAAAAUAACUUUUAGAUUCAGCCCAGUUCUGCUUUAGAGUGUGUUUAUUCUUCUCUACUUGAUUUCCAAAGUCCAACAUUUUCCGAUGCUUUAAAAAUCAAACAAACCAGGGACAUUGUUCAGAUGUCAAGCCGUGCCCAAUUUUCCACAAGAUUCAAGAAUCUUGUAUAAAAUUCAGCCAACGUACACAUAGCUUUAAUGAGGAGCCUGUCAUGUUCCCCCAUAAAUUUAUUGCCUGAGAACUUAGUUCAGCCUUUGCUAAUGCCAAAAUGCUCUGGCUUUGUAUUUUCUUUACAGCAUAGAUAGAAAAAUGCACAUUUUUCCACACUCAGCUUUCCCCUAACAUGGACAAGAUUUUCAGCCAUUUUUGCCACAUAUACAUUUUUAAGGGAAAAAUAUUUCUCUCUAACAAAGCUCCGGUUAUACCAUUUUAAAGGUGACUUGUCAGGAUUUGAGACUUCCCUGCUGGAUUCUAUUUUGAAAGUAAAUGGUCGUCCCGCCUUGUUCCAAUUCUGCAUUCCCAUUGUCAGAUACCUUUCAAGUGUUAGAAACCACUGUAUAUAUGUGGAAAGCCAGGUUAGUCAGACCUAUUAGAAUUGCUGUGCACUCACCUGAGAGAUCUGGCAGGUUGAAUGUUUAUGUGUAUUGCUCCAUAGUGCUUUCUUUGCCCUGUUGGUAAGGAUUUUAAAUAGCCAUGAUCAAAAGCGCUGUUUUAAUUCUGCGCUUUGCGUGUUAAAUGUUACUAUCAUUCUUUAUGUGCUCGAGGUAUUGCUUUUAACGUUCUACUUUACCGGCUUCUUCAUUAGAUUAAUUGACAUGUAUUAUUUAAAUGACCAGUGAUGCUUUGUGCAAUUAUGAAUGUUGAAGAUUAAAGUACAUAGUUA